GGCUAUGAGUGUUUGCACCACUGAUACAGUACUUCAUCGUUGAACACAAUACACAUUUCGGAGCGUAUAAUGUGUUUUAUAUUACAAUUUUCAACAUUAAUUUAAACUGUAUUUUUAGUGUCGGCUUACAGUGUAUUACAGCUUUGUCUACAGUGUACGACAAUUAUUUACAAAUAUAUACAACAUACCAGUAACAUUUUAUUGUCUGAAAGAGUGUAUUUAAAUUUUUGUCUCAUUUUUUGUGCUUAAAUUCCGGAGACUUUUAAAUAUAUAAAUACUUUGUGAAAAUCAAACAGUUUUUGACAUUUGUUUUAUAUAUAUAUACAGAAUAUUCUGUGAAUAUUCUUAAAAAACGGUAUUAUAUUUAGUCAAAAAGACUAAUACAUAAUAGGAUUGGUAGCCAUACACCUAAUUAAUGGCUGUCCACACGUAAUCCAAUAAACAAAAUACUGGAAUCCCUAUCGAGACUAUUACUACUAAACCCUUACUACUAAAGCCAUUGGUUAUGGGAUGCCUAACGUGGAAAAUAUGGACAAAAUCGACCCUGCUCAACUCAAUGAACCGGAUAUAUCAGUGAACAGUACAUAUUUCACGGACGAGUAUUAUCAGCAGCACCGGGGUCAGUUGGUGGCCGAUGCCAUACACUCGCAUUUCCAUCUACCUGGUCACAACGAUAGCGACUGUCAUAAUAUUACCAAAUUGAUCAGGGAAUAUCUGAUGGGCUUAGCCCAUGACAUAUCUACACAGACUAUGAUUAACACGAAUGAUACUAAAAGCGCUAUUAGUAUUGAAAGUCAAAAGUCGGCCCUAUUGUACAUAGUGGUGGUGCUGUCGUUCUACGCGUUCGGCAUCGGCUUAAUGAUGAUUAAGUACAUGAGACAGGAGGCCAAGGAGCAGGAGGAGUGCAAAAGGUACCGGCGCUACGUGAACGCCGCCCAC